AUGGAUCCGAGAGAUAUAACGUUUAUGACUAUUCACAACCUUACCCCUGAUGCCAACAUCUUGUUCGCCUCCGACUCUAUCCAGGACAUUCUGGGCUACACGCCUGAUGAGGUAAAAGGGAAAUCGGCCUUCGACUACUUUCACCCAGACGAAGUGCCCUUUGCCCGCUCCGUCCACAGCAGAGGCAUCCUGCUGGACAAGGCUGCCGUCCUGCACUAUGCCCGGAUCCAGUCCAAGACGGGCCAGUGGGUGCCCUGUGAGUGCUGCUUCACUGUUGUGCAUAAUGUGCUCGUCGCCUCGACGAGCAUGUACUUUGAGAGCCCAAAGAGCGAGAGGAGAGCGCUCGCAGCGCCGCGUAUCCGUCGCAUCUUCUCCAGCUCGCCCCGCGACCCCCGCUACCGCAUGCUGGAGCACCUCUCUCCCAAGUUCAAGAUGCCGCCCAUGGAGCGCGAGCCGCGUGCCGCCCUCAUCCUCAAUCGCUUCACUCGUAACCUGACCAUCAUGUACGCCACAGACGCUGUGACUCAGAUCCUCGGCUUAACCCCUGCCGAGCUGGUCGAGCGCCCCUUUUAUGAGUGCAUCCAGCCCAACUGUGUAGAAGAGGCUGAGCAGUGUCUGGAGAGGGCCAAGGAGAACGAGUCGAUCGCGUAUCUCAGGUUUUGGUAUAAGGAUCCUAGGAUCGAGUUGAACAACCCCCGCGUGCGAGAAGAAGAAGAAGAAGAUGAAGAGGAGGAGGAGGAGGAGGAGGAAGAGGAGGAGUCGGAUGACGAAGAAGAUAAUGAAAUUGAAAUGACCGAUGAGGAAACCAAACGCCCCGAUUCCGACAGCGACAUGGACCUCGACGACCCAUCUCCCCGCCGCCGUCGCAACUCGGUCGAAAACCUCGACCCCCUCUCCCGACCCGCCAACAGCUCCGCCGUCCUCCGUCGCCGUCGGCCUGUCGCCCCGCCGCCACAAACCUUUGAGCUCGAAGCCGUCGUCUCCUGCACCUCAGACGGCCUCGUCGUCGUCCUGCGCAGAGCACGCCCCCCAAUCCCCGAUCCCGAACCCCCCGUCCCUCCGCCGCCGCCAUUCAAUUAUGAAAACGGAUUGUUUGCCGCACCCUGGGGCGUCCAGCCCUACGAACCGUAUUUCCCGCCCGAAACGUUGUAUACUUUCCGUCCGCCGCUGUUACCGCAGUAUAUGCCGUUGAGGGAGUGCGUUAAGGCGGCAGGAGGGCCGCCUUUGGAGCAAUUGAUGCAGUCCAUCCGCGACGUAGCUGUUUUCGCGUGGGCCCUGACGGGGAUCAAUGGGACGUUGGCUGCCACAUAUGGAAAUGGUAGGAAUAGGUUGGGUGUAGGUCCAAAGCCGGAUGGGUUGCCGAUGUGGGAGCCGCCUCCUCCCCCUCACCCUCCUCCUCCUGCUGCUGGUCACGGUCUUGCUGCGGCGGUGGGUGUUGGAGGAUCAGUGGAGGGUGAGAAGCUCGGCAAGGAGAGGGAAUAUGAGAGUUUUGGUGCGGGUGUUGGUGCUGCCGCUACUGGGUAUAAUGCCGAGCCGCCUGUGACACAGUACAGGACGAGACAUGCUAGUCUGGAUGAGGGGAUGUAUGCUGCUGAUUCUCCGAGCCGUGGUUGGCCUUCGUCGUCGUCGUCGUCGGCCGGUACGGCUCCUCAAGCAUAUGGCUUAAAAGCCGACGAGAGAGUCGGGGGUUUUGAACGUCCGUCCUUGCGGCCUGCGUUUUCGUAUGAUGCGUUGCAGGAGCAUGCGAGGUAUCAACAACAACAACAACAACAGCAGCAGCAGCAGCAGCGGCGGCGGCGGCGGCGGCGGCGGCGGCAACAGAGGGGUUUAGACAGCGAUAGAAAUCGUGAACCGAGGGGGUACGGCCCCUUAGCCUCAUCCUCGGACGGUUUGAGGGCCUGGGGAGAGACGACAACUCCCUCAGUUCCUGCUCCGAUCCCGGCCCCGGUUCCAGCUGCAGGAAGGAGUUGCAUGCCUGCCUCUGGGCCUGGUUACGGAUAUGGAGGGUAUGAGCCCCAUCGGUAUAGGUAUGGAGUGCCGGCUAGAGAAGAGGGGUAUGGUAUGGGGAGGAGAGGGGAUGGUUGGUUUUGA